GCCUCUUCUGUGCCGCGUUCGGCGCGUCGGGAUGGUAGAGGUCGUCCGUGGGUCGGCUGUGGAAAAGAAUUUCAGCUGUUGGGAGUGACCCAGAGUCCGCCCCGCGUCCUCGCUUUUUCGGGGACCUGACUGGCACAUUUCAUCACUCUCCCAGGAUGGCAGCCAUUGAUCUGACCCACGAUCUUUCUAGAGAUCCUUUUUGUCUUCCUGAGGAAAACACAGAGGCAGAAAGGAUGGUGGCUGUCUGGCUGAAAAAUUAUCAACAGAUUGCAGUGACCUUCCAGGAUGUGGCAGUGGACUUCACCCAGGAGGAGUGGCUAUUACUGGACCUCACUCAGAGAAACCUAUACAGAAACGUGAUGCUGGAGAACUAUCAGAACCUGGUCGCAGUAGAAAUAAAGUUUUGGAUUCAUCGGAAGCUUUGUCAUCGCUUGCAUAAGCCUCUUCUGUUAAUGUGCCUUUUCCUGUGGACAGAAUAUCAACUGUCGAAACCUAAGCUGAUCGCUUGGUUGGAACAACAAGAGCUGAGGACAGUGGAGAAGGGAGUUUUCCAAGAAUGGGAAACACAACCUCAAACAAAAGGGUCAGCAUCUCACCAGGAUUUUUUUGGAGGAAAAACAGCCAUUGAAAUACAAAAAGAAAGGACCUACCAUGGAGCAGAACUCUCUGACUGUGAGCAAGGUGGAAGAGUCUUGAGUAAAUAUUUAAACCUUAAGACCCACAUGAGAACUCAAAAUAGAGGGAACAGUUUUGAGUGUAAUCAGUAUCACAAUGGUCUCCUUAAUCUGCAAAAGAAAAACUCUACUAGAGGGAAACUUUCUGAGUUUAAUCAGUGUGGUAAAGUCUUCAGCCGGACUCCACAUGCAGUGUAUGAGAGAACCAGCGUAGCAGAGAAGACUUUUGAAUGCAGUGACUGUGGGAAAACGUUCAUUAGUCGUUCACACUUUCAGGCACAUAGGAGAACUCACAAUGGAAGAGCCCAUGAAUGUAAACAAUGUGGGAAGUCUUAUGCAGAUUCCAAGUGCCUCAAUAAUCAUAUCAUUCGACUUCACACUGGAAGAAAACCCUUUGAAUGUAGUGAAUGUAGGAAAGCCUUCACUACAUCUUCACGCCUUUAUGUGCAUUUGAGGAUUCACACUGGAGAGAAACCCUAUCGAUGUAAAGAAUGUGGGAAACACUUCCAGUGGCCCUCACUCCUUCGUAAACAUGUGCGUACUCACAGUGGCGAGAAGCCCUAUAAAUGUAAGGAAUGUGGAAAAGCCGUCAGUCGUUCUUCAGUUCUUAAUGAACAUUUGAGAAUUCACACUGGAGAGAAGCCCUAUAAAUGUAAGGAAUGUGGGAAACACUUUGCUUGGCUGUCAGUCCUUCGUAAACAUGUUCAAACUCACAGUGGCGAGAAGCCCUAUAAAUGUAAGGAAUGUGGGAAGGCCCUCAGUAGUUCCUCAAUUCUUAAUGAACAUUUGAGAAUUCACACGGGAGAGAAGCCCUAUAAGUGUAAGGAGUGUGGGAAAGCCUUCACUAAUUCCUCACGACUUAGUGUACAUUUGAGAAUUCACACCGGAGAGAAACCCUAUCAAUGUAAGGAAUGUGGGAAAGCUUUCGUUUGGCCCUCAGUCCUUAAAAAACAUCUACGAACUCACAGUGGAGGGAAGCCCUUUGAAUGUGGUGAAUGUGAGAAAGCCUUCAGUAAUUCCUCAUAUCUAAAUGAACGUUUGAGACCUCAUAGUGGAGAGAAACCCUUUCAAUGUGGUGAAUGUGGGGAAGCCUUUAGGACUUUCUUAUAUUUUAAUAGCCAUUUGAGAAAUCACUCUCGAGAUCACACUGGAGAUAAGCCCUAUGAAUGUAAACACCGAGGAAAAGCCUUUACUGUUUCCUUAGGCCAAUCUCAACAUGUAAAAAUUGAUACCAGAGAGCAACCCCUUGAACGUAAGGAACGUGAGAAAGGCUUCACAUCUGCAUUUCAAAAACGAAGCCACGUUGGAGGGAAACCGUAUGAGUAUGAGGAAUGUGGAAAGGUCUACAGGUGUCCCAAUACAUGA